UCAAGCGAUGACUACAUCACACCGCAACUUCAGGCGUCGAAGCAUAUGACCUUGGAUUUAGGGAUAACCGGCAUCUUGCCUUUGUAUCUCAAGUGUAGAGGAUAGAUGGCGUGCGUGAGGAGAAUUACCGAUCGUUAAUGGGUCAUUCAAAACACAUUCGCGACGUCUCACCAACGACCGCCUCAGUUAUUUUCACGGCUUGGUUGAAGUCAGAGUAGCUUCGCGACAGACGAACUGGGAAGGAGCGCGUCAGGCGGUCUGUGCGUUGGGCAACUUCAGUCAUUUGUCCCCAACUUCAUUGCGCAAUGGUCAACCUGUAACACUUCUGCCGAUCCGAGUUGUAUAGCAAGCAGACUCAAAGCAAUUUCGAUGGCUGGAGACGGUCGUUGGCCCAAUGGUGCGAAAGCCGCCAUCGCCUUUACCAUAGACAACAUGGCGGAGGCUGCAGACUUGAACCGUGGCCUCUGGCCCGCAGACCAGCCCGUAGGCUCGCACUACUCCGUCACCGAAGUCUUGCCCAAGUUCCUAGCCAUGCUGAAGAAGUAUGACGUUCACGCAACAUACUUCAUCGAGUCAUGGAAUCUGUCCCAUUACCCCACCGCCGUACGUCAGGUUGCUGAAGCUGGCCACGAGAUCGCAUGGCAUGCUUGGCAACAUGAAGCGUGGAACCAGCUUGACCAGGCUGCUGAAAAAGCAAACUUUGAGCGCAGCUUUGGAGCGGAAGGAUUGCGAGGCUUCACCGCAGCGGGAGGUGAGGGUGAGGGAGUCGUUGAUCGCUAUCGAGGCUUCAGACCACCGGGAGGCAUCAUCCACGGCGACCGCACGCUCAAUCUAUGUAAAAAUUAUGGCUUAGACUACAUCAGUCCUGCUGCAGAGGACGCCGCUCUAGUAUCACUACAGGGGGGCAAAGAUCACAUCGUGGUUCUGCCGUUCAGGUGGAGUACAGUAGACGCAUAUUACUACAUGGACGCCUUCUCCGGUCUCCGGAAGAUGAAGGGCCAGCUCCCAGCCGAACCGCAGAGCUCAAAAACUCUGGUGGAAAGGUAUAAAGCUGAGAUCGACAAUGCCAUUGAGACCGGAGGCUACGUAUCGACGCUGUUCCAUCCAUUCUUGACGAACACGGCUGAACGAUUAGAAGCUAUGGACACGGUAACGCAGUAUAUGGUACGCAAACGGGACGAAGGCGUCAUCUGGCUGGCGAGGUGUUGCGACGUUGCAAACUUCAUUUCCAAACACCCGGAUACCGUCGGCGGCGAUCCAAAGUGGGAUACAUCUUCGUGGCGCUGAUUCGAUUCCUCGAGAAGCAGCUGCACAAUUCCUGAUACUUGGUGGCUUGUUCUGAAAAUUUGACAUUGGAAAGCUACGUUGAAGUGACGCUAAAGGACUUCCGAAACGAUCGGUACAAAGCUUCGCGGUCUUGCUCAUCAGCUUGUCAGAAGAUGCCUUUGAGUGGCGAGC